AUGAAAUCAGAUGAUAUGUGGCAGCAUCCAUUUGUUGAUGUCUUUAAGUUUAUCAACAUUAAUGAAUGAAGAGUUGCUAAAAAAGAAGGAGAAGUUUUAGAAGUUGUGGACAAAGCAAUAGGAAAGAAAACGUUUAGAAUUUCAGGGGCCAUUUCGGCCGCCAACUAUAUUCAAAUUCCUAGACCAAAGUCACAACUGAAGUCAUUGAGCCUGACUGGGAGGUUUUGUUAUGUAGAGGUCCAGAUUCCAAAGGAUAAAUUGUACUCAAUGCAUUUUGAAUUUGUUUUGGAAAAUAAAAACACAGGUACAAAAGAAAUUCUGAGGAUUUCACUAAAUUUCUUUAUUUAAUUUUUUUUUUUAAAAAUAAUUAUUUUUAAUUAUUAGUGAAAUAAAAUACAUUAUUGACAGCGAAAAUAAGUAAUUUAUUCAAAGAAAGCAAAAUAAUAAGCUCCGGCCUUCAGCUUGCCUGUCAUUUAUCAGAUAAAUGAACCAUCAUUCUACUUGAUAUCAAGGCUUUACUAUGGCAGCAUUUUGGCAAUUUAUAUAGAAAAUUCACAUUAAAAUCUUUCAACUUAUGCUCAUCAAUGAUAAUCCGAGGAGUCUUUACAUCAGAUAUUUUAUAUACCCAAAAUAAUUUGCCUAGAGAUAUGUCCUUUAAGACAGAUAGAAAUAAAGCAUGAAAUGAGCUUUAUGACUGGGUAGAAUUUCCUAAUUCCCCCUCAUCCCUUUAAAUUUGAAAAAAGAAUUCUGUUCCAAUUUAAAGGGGGUUAUUGUUUUAAAAAAAUCAUAUUAAAUUUUCUCUAUAAAAAAAUUAAUCGAUUCAGCACUAUUGCAGUUGAAAUAAUAUUCUACUUGACUUUUUCUGUUUAAUUAGGUUAAAACUAAUUUAUAAAAAUUAUUAUUUUUACCUAUUAUUUAGUUAGUAAGAUAACUCUAAAAUGUUUCUUCUGUUUUCUGAAGGCUUUACGUGAGAAACGAUUUCCACUCUACGGAUCGGCAGUUACUAGACCGUUGCAAUUUCAUUCGCUCAGCUUCAAAGAACACUCUUCUCCUACUAAUCACUUUCCAUUGCCAUUAAUUAGUGUCUCAGGGCAAAUAAGGGAACAAGGCCACCUCCAUUUUUGUUGUGUUUUUUAUCUGUAAAUUUUCCUAUUUAAAAUAACAAUUUGUUCAAAUUUAAAGGGGGUUAAAGCCCCAAAAAAAUGAAAGCUUUAUUUAUGUUUUGUAACAAUUUAAAGGGGAAGAGUAAUGAAAACGAGAGGGAAAAUAUAGAGUUCGAAAUUACUGAGCAAGAAACAGAAUUUAUGGAAAUUGAGUAUAUUGAGACCGAAAAGUCAGAGAAAAGCGAAGAAAUUAAACAAAAACAGGCGGAAAUUAUUGAGAAAAAAGUUGUAGAUGAAGGCAAAAAAAAACAGGAAGAAAUCCCUCAUAAAUAUGAAGAAGUAACCUUAAAAUUUGAUCAAAAAGUAGUUAAAACUGACGAAAAGCCUAAAAAAUUCAACGUCCAAUUCCACGAAUACUCUGAAUUCAAGCCUAAAGAAGAAAUCAAAGCCCCAGACAGCUCCCUCCGCCAAAAAUAUGAAAAAUCGCUUGACUCUUUUAACAUCAGCAAAGACAUGAUCCCAACAAGCGAAUACCAGCGUCGAAGCCCUUCAAAAGAGCGAGAAUCCCUAGAAGUCAGCAAAGAAGACUUAUCAUUCAAUUUAACCAAAACCCCAAAUAAAUACGAAACCCCAGCAAGGCGUGAAGAGCCAAAACCUAAAGGUGUAAUGCAUCCAGACCCUAUUAUGUCUCUAUCUUAUAUUAUAGGCUUUUCAGGAAACAAGCCGAACACUGUAAAAUGGUCGCGGCCAAAAAGUAAUUUUUCAUGCUACCCUCCAGAAUUUAUUCAAAAUUCCCAUAAUAAAUUUUUAAUUUAUCCAUCAGGCUGUACUUUGAUAUUUAUGAACCCUAUAACGAGAAAACAACAAUUUUUCUUUGGCCAUACAGCGCCUAUUUCGUGCUUAGCUGUAAGCACUGAUGGGACAUUGGUGGCUACUGGCCAAGAAGGUGCAAAUCCACUGGUUUUAGUGUGGGAAAUUAAAACACGUAGGGCACCUACACAAAUUGCCUUGCAAAAAACCCUUUCAGUGACUGCAGUUGAUAUAAGUUUUGAUAGCAACAAUUUAGUAAUUGCGAGCGUGGAUAAUUUAAAGAGAGAUAUUGUUACAGUUUAUGAUAUUUCGAAUAUAAACCAAGAAAUAAAAGGAAAACAGGCUAUAAAUCAAGAAGUCAAAAUGAAAGCAAAGCAUGUGUCAAAUUUUCAUAUAAAUCUAAGCUUAAUAAUGGGUCGCGCGGUUAGCUGACAACAGGCAGCUAUCCCUAGAAAAAAAAGGAUAGAUGCAAAUUUGCAAAAAUUAAGCGGGUUAGUUGUUAAAAUAAAUAUAAAAAUUUUUACAAUCAGCUUUAAUUUUUGAUAUAAAAAUUUUCGAUAGCUCAAUAUAUUUUAUAUAUAAGUUGCUGAUAUGGGUUAGCCAACUUUAAUUUUUUAUGUGAAAAAUUAAAGCGGCAGCAGCCAAACCUUUUAUUUUUACUGGCAAUUGUAAAAUUUUACAUUAUUUUGGCAGCUAGCCCGCUUAAUUUUUGCAAAUUUGCAGCUAUUCCUUUUUUUUUCUAGGGUUAGUUUUGUUGGCAGCUAACCCUCGCCUCCCCUUUAAUAAUAUAGACUAUAACUAGUCUCUUCUUUUUUGCCUUGCAUAUUUGUAUAUAAAAGGUAUAAAUACCAUUAAAUUUUCUCCUAUAGACUCUACACUUUUAAUGUCCUGUGGAAAAGAAAAUAUUCGUCAGUGGAAAAUCAAUAAAGACCAUUUAACAGGGACUAUAGUGGUGCUAAAACAGCAUGCCCGAGGUGCUGAAUUUUUAGAUUUAUCAUUUGAAAUUUUCAGCCCAGCUGACGCCGAGCAUUCUAAGCGUGUUUUUGUAGGCUCAAGCCAAGGUCUUUUAUUCCAAGUUAACUAUUUUACUUUAAUCCUCCUCAUUUAAAUUAGAACAAAAUAUUUGUAGAAUUUCCUUUUUUUUGGCGGUAAAUUUUAUAGGUAAAAAAAGUACUAAUUUUUCUAAAAUUAUUUUUUUAGAAUUUAAUACCCUUUCCCCUAAUAUAAAUAGGGAAGGUUAGAACUUGAAGGGAUCUUACAACUUCAUGCCUCAGGAAUCCAAAGUAUUACAGUUGGCGAACAAUUUUGCUGUAUAGGCAGCCAAGACUGCUAUUUACGUGUCUGGCCUUUAGACUUUUCUGAAUAUUCUUUUGAAGUAAACAAUGAGUCAACUAUUAUGGGUGUCGAUAUAAGCGCUGAUAAUUUACAAAUUGCUUGUGGAACUGCUAAUAGCACCCUAAGAGUUCUUGAUAUGUCCAAUAAUAUGAUAAAAACGCUAAUUUGGGGCCACACUUCGCAGAUAGUCAAUUUUGAUAUCCAUCCUAGUAAUGGGACUUUGGUGACAGCUAGCAUUGACUGUACAAUUAGAGUGUGGAGCUUGGAAACCUUUGAGGAGCAGUAUGAGUUCACAUCUUCUGGAGACGUCCCGAUGAGUGUUUCUUAUCAUCCAGAAGAAAAUUUUUUUGCAUGUGGAUUUGAAAGUGGGUUAUUUUUUAAUAAAUAUUCUUUGAGAAAAUAUAAGAAAUUUUUUUUAAAAAAUUUUUUAGCAUACAAAGUGGAUGGUUAGGAUUUUUGAGGUAGAAUCAACAAGAGAAAGGGAUGAAUUUCUUCAGCACGACUGCAAAUGUAUAAAAGUUGUUCAUUCUGGGGAUGGAAAUUUACUUCUCUCGGCAAGCGAAGACGCUAUGGUGUGCUUAUAUGACGUCCGCCGUAAAUAUCAGCCUGUAAAAUCAAUUUUCCCUGAAAUCCCAGGAGACCAUGUUGAUGUGUGUUUUUCGCACGAUUCAAAGCACUUCGCUGUCUUAGGGACGCAAGGCUCGACCAUUUUUAUUUGGGAAUGCUCAACUUUUUCUCAAAAAUUCAGAAUAAAUACCCUUGGCGCCAUUAUCCAUAAAAUCGUAUUUUCACCUAAUGGCCAAGAUAUAAUUGCUAUAAACUCAGCCCAGGAAUUCAGGGUCAGAUAUUAUGGACUUAACGGUUUUGAGGCAAUUCCUAUAAAAGAGCUCCAAGGACUGCACCCUAACUCAGAGAUUUUAUCGUUUUCUAUCUCAAAUAACAGCAAGUAUUUAGUAACCGGCGGAACUGACAGAAUUUUGAAAAUUUGGGAUUAUUCAUCUAACUUCCAUGUCUUUAUAGAGAACAAUUCUUUAAAAAAUUUCUAAAAAUUGGGUAUUUGACUCCAUCCUUGAAUGAACGAUUUUCAUAUGAUCAAAAUGAAUCAGCCCCCUACCCGUUUCCAGUCUAUCUACCUAUAUUUCAUAGUAAUGAACUUAUAGAUUUUAUAAUCACUUUUAAAUAAUUCUAAUGAAUUUAUAGUAUAUUUGCUUAUAUAUUGCAUACUCCAUUAUGGCUAGUGCAUAAAUAUUUUAAUGAGGAAAUGUUUUAAUCCAAUAUUUUCAAGCUAAUAAAAUUUAUCAUCUUUUUGAAUGAUGGCAAUCGGUUGAUCAAAGAUGAGGAGAGUAAGCCAAAUUCUAUAUCAGGUCAAGCUUUUAUAGGGCAUUCUUUUAAUAUAUCAAAUAUUGGCUGGAGUAUUGAUAGAAACUACUUGAUUUCUAGCUCACAAGGACCAGAUGGGAUUUUUAUAUGGAAAUUUUUCGGAGAUAAAACACCAUUAGAGCUACCUCCACCUCCACAAACGAAGCCAGAAGCUGUCAAAAUAAUUGAUGAAGAAUCAUAUGACGAUAUAAGAGCUACUGUACAGCUUAUUCCAAAAAUUGAAAAUACAGACAAUCUAGGACUGUCUUAUGAAAGAAGUGUAGGGAUUUUGCCCAAAAUUGCAGAAGAAGGGGUACUUGAAGCAAAAAGACCUAUAAGCACAUCUCUUUUCCAAAAGAAAAACUCGCCGAGCAGCCUUAAAAAAUAA